AUGAACUUCAUCAUGUGUUCCUGUGUUGUGCUGCUGGACCUCAUGGCCAUCCACAGCCGUGUGCUCAUGCAGGGCCGUAUCGUAGGUGGUCACACCGCUGCACCGAACUCCAUCAAAUACAUUGUGUCACUGCAGAGCAGCCGGGGCCAACACUUCUGCGGUGGAUCAUUGGUUCACAGGUACUGGGUGCUGACAGCAGCACACUGCAACAUCGGGGCAGAACACAUGAUGAUUGUGGCGGGUGACUACAUAGUGAAUAACUUUGAGGGUUAUGAGCAGUAUGCUAAACCCCACAGGCUGGUAACCCACCCCCUCUACAACAGGAGCACGAACAACGCUGACAUCAUGCUCAUUAAGCUGCGGGCCCCCAUGGUGCUGAACCAAUAUGUGUCGCUGGUGCCUCUUCCCCGGCAGGGGACGGGUGUAGUUGAAGGCCGGGUGUGUCGGGUGUCUGGGUGGGGCUACAACAGGCUGGGUGAAGGCCAGGCCCGUUUCAUCCUGAGGACGGUCAGAGUGCCCAUUAUUUCAACUGCAAGAUGUAACAGCAGUGAGUCAUUUAAUGGAAAUAUCACAGCAAACAUGAUCUGUGCUGGCUACAGGACUGGAGGAAGAGAUGCAUGCAAGGGUGACUCUGGCGGCCCACUGGUGUGCGGGGGGCGUGUCUACGGUGUGGUCUCCUGGGGCAACGGCUGCGGGGAUGCUAAGUUUCCGGGAGUCUACACGGUGGUGUCCAAGUUUCGCCGGUGGAUAAAUAGAACCAUCUAUGGAUCCUACAUCCGCUGCCCGAAAUAUGAAAGAAACGUAUAA